ACAUAUUCGUCAAAAUUUUUGAAUAAGCGCUUAUAAGGUUUGCAAAAAUGUUGCGGGAGGCAUUUAUGGCUGGUAUUUGGUCUUCAGCUGGCAGUACGUUGGGGAAACUGUCAGGGACUCCUGUGGUUGUAGGUGACAGUUACUUUUUAUGGGCUGUGUUAUUAAUAAGCAUGGUUUUAGUAAACACAUGGGGCUGCCGAUGCUACCUCAGAUCAUUAGAUGCAGCUUCAAACUCUGUAGCCCCGACAGUUAUAUCUUCUGCAUCCAGUUACAUUUUGUCUGGUAUCAUUGGGGUGGCAAUGUUUAAUGAAGUUUCAUCAUUUAAAUGGUGGCUUGGUACAGCUCUAAUUAUACAAGGCUUGGCAUUAGUGGCUCGAUCAAGGAAAUGAGUCUUAAUAGUAGUCUGGAAAUACUUUUUUUGUAUUAUAAAUAUAGUAUUACUUCAAGCUUGAUAUCAUUUAAAAGUAAAAAAUGAAGUGAAAGGAUAAAAUAAAAUAAAUAUAUUAUUGUCA